AUGGGGCAGCCAGGCGAGGGCGCGUGGGGCAAGGAGACGGAGACCAAACGCCUCGCGCGAGCGGCUGCGAUUGACCCGAAGGCUGAGGUGAUCACGACGGCAGAUUCGGCGGGGAAGAAGGCUCUCCGCGCGGCAGAGGGGGAGCGUGGUCGGCUUGAGGUGCUGACCCCUUGGGGUGGCGAGAACAACCGACUAGGGUUUCCAAACCCUAACCGUUUGGGGGCCUAA